ACUGGAAACGACGAAGUGGCCAAAUAUCCGGAAAUUCCUCGAGCUCAGCUCGAGUUCGUUGAGUGUGUGGGUAAGGGUGGCUUUGGAGAAGUUUUUCGCGGAAAAUGGAGAACAGAAGGAAGAGAGAAAACAGUCGCGAUGAAACGAGUCACCGAGUUCGAAAAAGAGGUGGAAAUUUUAUCCGAAUUUGACCACCCGAAUGUGAUCCAGUUCUAUGGCGUUUCAGAAGUCGAUCUUGGAUACCUUAUUGUGACAGAAUUUGCCGAGGGUGGAUCUUUGUACGAUUACCUUCACAAAUCACAAAAUGCUGUCAGUUUCCGUCAAACGAUCGAUUGGGCAUUGCAGAUAGCAAGUGGAAUUAGGUAUCUGCAUUAUGAGGCGCCUGCGAGAACGAUCCAUCGUGACUUGAAGUCAGGAAAUGUUGUCUUGACUCGUCAACUCGUCUGCAAGUUGUGUGAUUUUGGAGGGUCGAAGAAUUUGACCCAUUCGGAGACGGAAACAUCCCUCCGUGGCACAAUUCCGUGGAUGAGUCCCGAAAUGAUCAGAAGGGACAAAAUAACCACAGCAACAGACGUUUGGAGCUAUGGAGUGGUCCUAUGGGAACUGAUCACGCGAGAGGUGCCCUAUGAAGGUUACAGUGGUUUUUGUAUAUGGAAAUCGGUCACAGAAAAAGGGUCAACUCUCGCUAUACCUGAGCAAUGUCCGGCAGAUUUCAAACGUUUGAUGGAGAACUGUUGGCAAAUGGAUGCAAAGAAACGAUGCAACAUACUUGAAGUGAUCGAUGAGUUAAACGAUAUGCCAAUGAAGACAAUAGCGCGGGGCGAGUUGCAGAAAAUGCGUAAUGAACUGCAAAAGGAAAUGAAACAGAUGGUAAUAAAUGAAUCGAGGAAAUUGCAUGCUGAAGUGUAUGAAACGAUGCGUGAUGAAUUGCAAAGGAUUCGCGAGGAAACUAAACAGGUCAAGCAAGAGGUGUGGGGCGAGUUGCAGAGAAUGCGCAAUGAAUUGCUAAAGGACUUGCAACAGCAACCGACACGCGUACGCGAGCAGACUGAAGAUUUGAGGUAG